AUGGCAGAGCCGGAGACGCAGCUGCUGCUGGGCGUGGGGCUGAUCGAAAAAGACAGCAACGGAGAUGCUUUGUGGGUUUGGUGUUAUCCGUCUGUGACGGCUGAGCUGAGGGCUCUGUUGCUGCGGAAAUGCUGCCUUACGGAUGAGAGUAAACUGCUUCAUACCUUUGUGUUCGGCCAGUACAAGAGGACGUGGUUCUACAUCACCACGGUGGAAGUUCAAGACUCUCCAGCCUUGAAAAAGGUGACCCACUUCUCCAUUGUUCUGACGGCCAAAGACUUCAACCCAGAGAAAUAUGCAGCUUUCACUCGGAUACUCUGUAGAAUCUACUUGAAGUACGGAAGUCCUGUGAAAAUGAUGGAGAGUUACAUUGCAGUCCUUACAAAGGGGAUCUGCCAAAGUGAAGAAAAUGGAUCCUUCCUCAGCAAAGACUUCGAUGCUCGGAAGGCUUACCUUGCUGGUUCCAUUAAAGAUAUAGUAUCUCAGUUUGGAAUGGAAACAGUUAUCUUAUAUACAGCACUGAUGUUAAAGAAGAGAAUUGUGGUGUACCAUCCUAGGAUAGAAGCCAUCCAGGAAUUUACCAGGACUUUGCCUGCUUUAGUGUGGCAUCGGCAGGACUGGUCAAUUCUUCAUUCAUAUGUACAUCUAAAUGAAGAGGAAGUGGAAGCCUUAAAAGCCUGCACAGGUUACAUUGCUGGAUUUACAGAUUCUGACGUGAACAGUAGACCAGACCUUUAUGAUGUGUAUGUGAAUUUGGCAGACAGUGAGAUCACCAUUUCCCCUGUAGUAAAAGAGGCAAUGACAAUGGGAAAACUUCACAAAGAAAUUGGGCAGCUAAUUGUUCAAUCUGCAGAAGAUCCAGACAAAUCAGACAGCCAAGUCAUUAAGGAUAUUUCUCUGAAGACAAAAGAAAUCUUGUCUACUUUAGCCUCACUUACUGAAGUUUCUGAUGGCAAUGAAAAACCAACCCUGAACUCUGAAGCUCUGAAACAAAAGCGAUUUCCACCAGCUACGGAAAAUUUUCUUUUUCAUUUAGCAGCUGCUGAACAAAUGCUUAAAAUCUGAAUCUGCUGCACUUCAGCACUAUGGACCAACUCCAAAAGCUGUCUUGGAUGUACCAAUAGGAAUUCCUGAUUUUUGUACGGAAAAAUUAAACGUGUAAGAUGAAUGCCAUAUUUACCUUGAUGUAAUGCAGAAUAUUGGAGCUUGACCUGGAGCAUCUGGAGGUAUAUUUGAUAACAUUCCUGUUGUCACCUUUCCCCAACUAUAACUUUGUAUGAAUGGUUCUUGCAUUUCAUGUUACAACAUGGGUGUUUAUACACGUAGCAUGGGCUCAUGCAUCCAGGCUGUGCCAGGUGUGUUGUAGCAGCCGUUUGUCUUGCAUUUCCCGAGUGACAGACAGCUCUGACUUUUCUCCUUGUGUCUGGAACACAAGGUGCAGCAUGUGUGCUGUAAAGCCAGUGCAUUUUGGAUGUGCCACUCUGCACAGGGAUGUGCUGAACAUGGAUUUGUUCUGAGUGCUCAUUCUGGGCUCCCAGGUAUGUCAGGUUGUCAGAUACUGCUCUUGCUCAGGACUACCUGAUACCUGGAAAUCCCAAAUAAAUGGACAAGUUCUCUUCUUUCUACUUGAAAGUGUCUAGGUAUAGAAAAAGGAUGUCUGGGAAAAUCUGAUGUGGUAGCCUUAUUAUAUAAAGGAAGAGGUAUUUUAAAGCUCACGUAGGAGUUGAGCACCUCUUUUGGACUCUUGCCUUACAAGUUUUUCCCCUUUCACUCCGUCCCAUGCCUCUGGUGGAGGGAAAAGAGGACAGGAUUACUAUAUGUAAACUGGGGCUUCCUAGGACGCCACAGACAAGUGCUGCUUUACAACUCAAAUCAUUUUAGAAGCUGUUGGGGCUCUCAGCUGGGAAAGUAUCUGGCUGUUACGUCCUGAUCCAUUUGUCAGAAAAUUGGGUUAGUUAAAGUCAAAUAGGCAUGAAAUGGUCAAACAGCCCCAACCAGUUGGAGCACCAACCUCAAACUGCCUGAGCUGCAGCACGGGUACAGUCUGGUGGUGCUCGGUGUGGGCUAAAAGUAGAUGGGAACUUCUGAAAUAAUGGUGAAAACUAGGGCACGGUUUGUAGAAAAUUUAAAAUUUGCCUUCUUGUUUGGUUGCAUAGCUCUAACUCACAUGUUUUGUUUGUUGUUUUUCCACGGAGCAGCCUGAAACUAACUAAUUUGUAACAUUCUGAGAAGAGCUUAGAUUCUGUGUAGGGGAAUGCUCUGAGCCAGGCAACCUGUCUUCCUCCAGAAAUGUCUACAAAAAUAAGUAAAUUCUGCAGUAGCACUUUGUUAUAAGAAAAAAUAACCUUUUUUUUCUGGCCUUUGUACAGAUGGGCUGUAGCAUGUGGUUUUACCUAGAGAUUUUAUACUUAUGAUUGAAACUUUAGUUAUCAAUAUUUAUGUUGUUUAAAAAAAUCGGAUGUUUGCUGUUCUGAAAUUGUUAGAGGUCAUCACUAACUGUGUGCAAGCAAUAUUGGUUUGGAAAAGGGUUGUCCUUUUGCUACGUAUCAUGCUACAUUAAGAAGAUCUGCUUUAGUUUGGGUGAGGAACGUGGCAUCUACUAGCUACUACAGUCAGUAAAUGGAAGUGCUUCAGAAUAAUCCCCUAUUUUCAGGGGUAUAAAAUUUUACUUUAAAUACUUACUCUGUGGUUUAAAUUCUGUACACAGGAGAGCAGUGUAUUUUGUUUUAUCUGAGAACAAGCUGCCUUCGUUUACCUCUAAGUGCUCUGGAGCUUUUUCCCCAUUUGGCCAUUAAGGUGGUGUGGUGGGUUUGGUUUGUUUGUUAAUUUUUCUCCUUUUAAUGCUGCUUCAUUACUGCUGUUUCUACUCUAGAGCUUCUAUAGCAGUUAGAACAGCACAACUGCGAAGUUGUACUGAAAAACCUGAACUUUUGUCAGAUACUGUAAUGCCACAUUGUAAUUGCAGAGAAAUUUAGUUUCUUUUUAACAGAGAGCCCUGGAGGUGUCAUUAAGGUGGUGUGGGGGUUAUGGACAGCCACAAAAAGCAGAGAAGCUCAGACACAAAGUAAAUGUUUAAUGUUGGGUUUUUUUUGUUUUAGUUUGGGUUUGUUUUUUUUUGUUGUUUUUUGCUUUCUUUUAAAAGCAGGAAGACCUCAGUUUUAGAUCUUGUAUUCUAACAUUUGUGUGACACAAAUGAACUAUAAUUUUGCACUUAAAGAACUGGACUCAUAGCAUGCUUAUGCCUAUUAAAAACAAAAAUCCUGACCAGC